ACAACAACAACAACAACAGCAACAGCAACAGCAACAACAUCAACAGCAGCAGCAGCAGCAGCAGCAACAGCAACAGCCUAAUGGACCUCUUCCACCAAUGAUGAUGCAUCCACCUCCACCGCCACCGCCCAAUAUGAUGGAUAAUCAAAUUCGACGAAAUAGUAGCAUGUUCAACCUCGCUUCAGGCGGUGUGGGUGGUGAUUUUUUUGAUCCAAUGAUGAACGCGGUGCAAACACCUAGUUCUCAGACAGGACAUGAUGCAAAUAAUAACAAUGGGUCCAAUGUAUCAGCCAAUGGAGAUAAUAUGCAUUGGAUGGGACCAUUACCUGGUUUCCCUACUUCGCCUGGUAAUCCCAUGUUUAAUCCACAACAACAUAUGAUGCCACCCAAUCUUUUAAACCCCAUGUUGCCUAUGGGACUUCCAAUGUUUAAUAACGCCAUGAUGCCACCUCCACCUCCACCUCCUCCACAGCCCAUGUGGAAUUUUAUGAACCCGCAAGACAUGUGGUUUAAUGAUUUUCCGUUACCGUUUAUGAAUUCCAAUGACCCCAAUUUGAUAUUAAAUGCAUUGAAUGGUGGUCCGAUGCCUCCUCCUCCUCCUCCACCCAACGGUCAGGUACCACCACCACCACAGCAAGCGAAUGGAUCACCUGCUCAUGGUAAAGGAGAAGAGAAAAUGAAACGAUCUGGUGCGGAUGAAAAAAAUCCUCAUGAAAUGAAGAAAGGAAAAGAGAUGCAUCCACCCAAUGAAAUGCAUCGACCGAAUGAAAUGCAAGCACCACCCGAGCCUAUGCUUCGUCGAGGACUAUCUUUAUUAGGCGGAUUAUUUGGGGCUGGAGGUGGUGGCGGUGGCGGCGGUGGUGGUGGCGGAGGAAAAAGAAAUUACAGUGGUGGUGGGGGAGAAGAAUUCCAUCCGAUGGGAUUUCCACCUGGUAACUUUGCGGUACCGAUGCAAGGUCAACAACCCGGACAGUUCCCAAAAUCAAAAAAGGAAGAGAAAUUAGCACGCGAGUAUCAAAAAUUAGGAUCGGUCUGGUGUUGGCGUAAAGCGGAUUCGGAGGACGGUCGAUUUCAAUCGUUUAGUAUUCCCAAUCAAAAGAUUAUCAAACGUAAGAGUGAGAAUCCGGAAUCACGUACACGUAUCUUGUUGGGAAAAGAAAAGAAAUUACCGGGUGAUAUCAUGGUCGAUUUGAAUUCCUGCCGUGGUGGGUGCAUGACAACAGAGCGUGGUCAAAAUCAGUUUUAUCACCUGGAGAUUAAAGAAGAACACUUUGAAGGAAACAGUUCGUUUGUGUUUGAUAAUAGAUAAUAGCCCUGGUUUUCCUCUUCUUUUUUUGUCUAUCUGUGUAUAUUUGUAUUUCUGUUCUUUUAAUAAAGUAUUAUAUAUUUUUUUUUUAUUAUUGAAAA